UCUAUUAUAGACCAAAAAUAGAUGAAAUUUACAUUUAUGGCCCUAAAAAAGGAAAUAAACAAAAGUGGAAACUAAAAAGUUGGUAAUUACAAAAAUACCGGCUGAGAAAACGGAAACCACCAUUCUCAACCAUUUUUCUUCGUGACCAGCCGCAACUUCUUCGUGACCCAGCGAUCCAACCCCAACAACCCAAUCUCAACCAUUUUUCUUCCAAAUCCAGCAAAAUCAAAAUCUAAAAAAAUGUAGAACUCCUAGGAAACCAGCUGAAUCCCGAAAAUCCAAAAUCAAAAACGAAAAGGGAAAAAAAAAAAACCAGGAAACCUCCAUUGAUGUACAAAAAAAACUCAAAAACAACAAUCAUUGAACAAAGAAAUCGCGAUCAGAGGAGAAGAACCGAGUAGAAGGAGAGCUGGAAAUCAAAGAAACUCACCCAUGAUUGAAUCAGAAGGAGAAUUGAAGGAAACGGAACCAUUACAAAUAUUGGUGCAGAGCAAUGGGCAUUGGGAUGACAACAGAAACUAUGUUGAUUAUGAAUCAAGUGGAGAAUUAAUUUCGACCAAGUGCACUUUUGAGGAACUAAUGAGAAUAAUGAUGGAAGAACUCCAAUGCAACCAUGAAUCAACACAACUACAACUGAAAUAUCAACUGAAGGAAGGAGGCCAACCACUACAAAUCAAGGAUGACAAAAGUCUGUUGUUCUACAUAAAGCUAUUAACGAAGGAGGUUGAUUUCACAAGGUACCCAUUGUGUGUGAACAAAACCAGUAACACGGCACCACCUAACCAAACAAUGGUGUGGAACAAUAUGAUCAUGGAAUCGUAUGAGAACAACGCAAGACAGAAGACUUGCGGCAACACUGAAACAACACGGCAACAACUUCCAAGCAACAACUAUCUCAAGCAGACGAUGGGAUGCGGUGAAGUUGAUGCAUUUUUCCUAGAAACAGUAACAGUGUCAUCAGAAUCAACCAUACAACAACCAGACAACAACAGAGAAAAAACUACAGCAGUAGAUGAAGAUUUUGACUUCACCGACUAUGCAAAGCUUGUGGCUGCAGAAAUGGUACAGCAACUAGAAAACAACCAGGAAUAA